CCGCGCUCAGAGUUGUUCGAUGGAGGAGGAGGCGGCCAUGUUGUAGCAGCGUCGUUCGGAGUGAACCAAACUGGACACAUUGCUGCGGAAUCGCUUCUGCUUGCCAAGCGGUUGAACGAGACAUCUCGUUCGGUUUUCUGUCACAAGCGCCGAGCUCCGAGAGCCAUCAUGAGCGGCGGCACGCCAUACCUGGGCAGUAAGAUUAGCCUGAUCUCCAAGGCCGAGAUCCGCUACGAGGGGAUUCUGUACACCAUCGACACCGAGAACUCUACGGUGGCGCUGGCUAAAGUGCGUUCCUUUGGCACAGAGGACCGACCGACGGACAGACCCAUCCCACCCCGAGACGACACCUUCGAGUACAUCAUCUUCAGGGGCAGCGACAUCAAGGAUCUCACUGUGUGUGAGCCGCCCAAACCAACAUGCUCUCUGCCCCAGGACCCGGCUAUCGUCCAGUCGUCAAUAAGCUCCAGCUCUUCCUCGGCCGCCGGCUCUGCCCCGACUCCGUUCCAGUCGGCGGGCUCCUACGGCCUCUUCAACAGAGCACCGGUUCCAGUUCCCGCCUACAACCAGUUCAGCACCAGCCCACUCGUGUCUCCCCAGUUUGGGCCUGUUGGUGUUGGUCGCAGCAGCCCCAGCCUGGACUCUCUGCGGAAGAGUCCGACUCUGGAGCAGGUGAUCCAGGGCCCGUCAGCUCCGGUCUCCGCCACCACAGCUCCGGCCCCCGGUCUGGGCCGCAGGAGUCCCACCCACAGCCGCACGGCCCCCGCCGCCCCCGGCCAGAGCAGUCAGAAGCUGCAGCUGCAGGACGGCCUGGACACGAGGAGGGGGGAGGCGGCGAGGGGAGGACGCAGCAACCAGGGCUGGUCUGCAUCUAGAACCAUCUCUGCAGUCGCCAGGGCUUCCUCUGCAGGACACCCACACUCUGUUUUCAGCCACUCAGGUGCCGGUGUGCAGGCUAACCGGCGUGGCCGGGGGGGCGGGCACCGCGGGAGAGGACGCUUCAACGUACGCCGAGACGGACCCAUGAAGUUCGAGAAAGACUUUGACUUCGAGAGCGCCAACGCACAGUUCAACAAGGAGGAGAUCGACAGAGAAUUUCAGAGCAAGCUGAAGCUAAAAGAUGAGAAGACGGAGAAGACGGAGAAAGCGGUGAAUGGGGAGGACAAAGGGGACUCGGGCGUGGAAACUCAGAACAGUGAAGGCAACGCAGAAGAAGAGGGCGACCCGCUCGGGCCCAACUGCUACUACGACAAGUCCAAGUCCUUCUUCGACAACAUCUCCUGUGACGACACGAGAAAAGCGAAUGACAAGUCCGGGUGCUCUGGGUUCCCACGAGAGCGGAGGCAGACCUGGGCCGAGGAGAGGAGGAUGAAUGCCGAGACGUUUGGCAUCCCGCUGCGACAAGGUCGAGGCCGCGGCGGUUACCGCGGCCGUGGCGGCGUGCCGUUCCGUGGAGGCCGGGGUCGCCCGGCCAGCCGGGGCUCCUUCGGUCCCAUGCAGGGAGGAGGCGGCUUCAGGGGGGGGUACCGGGGGAACCAGGCGGGCCGGGAGUUCGCUGACUUAUCGUACAGGAAGGACAACAAAGUGGCUGCAUAGUUCCGGCAGGAGGACAUGUGGAACUUCUUCUUGACGCUUCGGUGGAAAACAAAUAGUUUUGGUUUCUAUUUUGACUAAAAUAAUGAAAUGAUCUUCUAGUUGUAUAUUUGUCACCAGCACUGGGGUAGACUGCUUGAGUGCAGCUUUAACUUUCCAUAUCUGUCAGCGACGGUGAUAUGGUUCAUUAGAGAAACUUGUCGACUAAAAAGAUGUCCAGGUGGCGGAAAAUGAUGCUGUAUAAAUGUUUCUUUGCCCGAGCCUGUGUUGAUAAGAUUUUGUUAGCUGUGGAAGGCUCGUGCACAUGCGUUGUGUGACGCUGACGCUCACUGACAUAGCUUUACAGGGGUAGAGUUGAUCCUGGCUCUGUCACAACCUCUUUAACAUGUAUUUUUCUACUGUUGCAUAGAUUUUGCGUCCAGUCAUGUCAUCAACCCGCUCCACGAAACAUUGCUCCCCCCCGUGCUCAUGGGUCUCACCCCAACUCUCACUUUUUCACUACUCCUUUCUUUCCCCCCCUUAGCUGUUAUGCAAGUUCUUUCAUUUGAAGUGUUAUUUCUUCACUCUGUUUAAUGUUAGUAUUAGGGAGCUGCUGGUAGCCAUCCGUUAACUGGAUUUUGUGGUAGCUUUCAAUUCUGGGUUCUCACAGAAAAAGGGUCACAACUUGGGUUUGGGUUUUCAUUUUCCCGUCAUAAAUAGAGUUCUGAAUACAAUCCAUUGUCCCAUGUUUCCACACAUCACACGUUUAAAGACUACUGAGUCAUUAAAUUAAAUCACAUGCUCCGCAUGCUGAUGAACACUUAUCAUAAUUCAGUGAAAAACUUAAUUCAUCUAAGAUGGGGAAAUUAUUAAAAAAAAAUAAGGAGGAAAAUACAAUAAGCCACAGGAAAACAGGAAAUAGAGUAAAGUUCUGCACACAGUUUGGAUCUUCAUUCAUUCUGGAUCUUUACAUUAGUUUGCAGCAAUUGCAUCGUGGGUAAAAGAAAAUGGAAAUCAGAAAAUUAGCCUAAAAAUAUGCCCUGAGGAAAAAUGAAGUAAAUGAAACCCUUUUUAACAUGAUUAUAGGACACCAACACUCUCAUUCAUUGGAAACUAUUGAUGACCUGUGUGCACAGUUGGAAUGGAAAUGGGAGACUUGAGUGUCUAUAUUCAAGUAACAAUGUUCAUUUUUUGUGUAUAUUAUUUAAUUUGACGUUUGCUGAUCAAAUUUGAAAGUGAGUGUUAGGAUUACGGAGCACAGGAGGGCGACAGAACGUUAAAAGAAGCUCUUGUUUCUCAGUGAAUUAUGACCCAGCAGGAAUAAUAAUAAACGCCCACUCAGAUGAACAUUGAGCACUUCUUUUGUUUUAAUGUGUGCACAUUGAUGUUGCUGUACAUAAAGGUGUUUGCACUUCCCUGCCGUGUUUCUUGAUGCCUCCCGUCUGGCCGUGUGCAGGCAGCAGCCGCUAAAGGAAGUGACGUCAAAAAUAUUAAAUUAAAAACCCUGUGACCAAAUUGCCCUGUAGUGACACAUUAGAAAUAUUUAUACACUUGUUUCUGAGGUUUGGAAGCAGUUGGGUCUGACUUCUGCUGAGUUUGAACUCUGGCUGCUAUUUGGGUCAUUUUUGUGGGAAAUUUUCUAGAUAUCCUUUUUUUUUUUUUCAGUGGAUAAAGAAUGAUGGUUUUCUAUGAAUCCAUUUUGACAAGCAGUUCCCCUCAGGCAGGUUUUUGGUUCAGACCCAAUCCAUCCUGGUUGUACCAGGCUCACUGGGAAAAAAUGAACAAAUCACACUUUUGGAGCACUAACAGGGAAAAAAAGAAUCUGUUACUGAUGUGAUGUGAUUACUAAAUUUGGCUUUUCUGAUUCCAACAGUCGCAGUAAACUGAAACGGUGAUACUUCACUGCAAAAACUCAAAAUCUUAACAAGAAUAUUUGUCUCAUUUCUAGUUAAAAUGUCUCAUUUUUAGUCAAAGAAAAUCUCAUUACACUUAAAACAAGACUCAUCACUGGAAAAACAACAAUUUUCACCUGUUUCAAGUAAAUUUUCACUUAAAAUAAGUAGAAAAAUCUGCCAGUGGAACAAGAUUUUUUUUGCAUGUAAUGAGAAGAUAAAUCUUGUCCCACUGGCAGAUUUUUCUACUUAUUUCAAGUGAAAAUCUACUUGAAACGGGUGAAAAUAGUCAAAUAACAAGUUAUUUUUCUGGUAAUGAUUCUUGUUUUAAGUGUAAUGAGAUUUUUUGACUAAAAAUGAGACAUUUAAACUAGAAAUAAGACAAAUAUUCCUGGUAAGAUUUUGAGUUUUUGCAGUGUUUUAGGUACUUCUUUAACAGUCCAAAUAUGUGCUUCAUUCAGAACACCACCAUAACUGAUGAUGGUGCAAUAACUGGUUGCAGCCUUUAUUUUCUAGUUAUAUCCUAGGUCUUCUUGAACAUUUUGGGAAAAAUUCCAAAACUGAAUGAAUCCCCCUCCCCUCGGCCAGUCUGUUUAUCUCCUGAAACCGUGACGGCUUUCAGAACCACAACCUCAUUAGUAAGAAAUGUCACAUGACCCAGUUUGUGCUCAGUCAGAUUAGAGAAUAAAGAUUUGAGCCACACAUUUUAAGGCUUUCCAGUCCAGUUUUGCACACUUGUCAGUACACGGCAUCGUAACGCAUCCUCGGCAUGUUUCCUCUCAGUUUUCGGAGGCUUUUUCCUCACGGUCAGACACACAGGGUUGGUUUUCCAGUCGGGAUGGACGACGUGUUUGGGCAGACGGGGUUGCAUAACUGCAGAAGCAUGUUUGGUGACAGUCCCUCAUCAUUAUCACAAUAUAUAACUGAAAAAGUGAGAUUUUAAAUGAUUCAUUGUAAAAAAUAAUAAAACACUAAAUUCAA